AAAUGGUUAAUCAUAUUAAUUCAUCACAAAGAACACACCACUGUGAUUCUUUUUUUGUUUCUGAAAAUCAAGAACACAUAAAAAAAAAUUUAAAAGAUGAAUACUCACGGACAGGCGAAAACGAAACAGAAAAAUGUAAUGAGGAAAAUGUGUCCGAAUUUCGACCGAGAAGAUUCACUGGAGACGGUGCUGGAGGUUCCGAUACCGGAGGAGAUGUUUGCCGGCCUGGGAAACAGCGUGGCACUCCGGUGGCAGAACAUGGCCACGUGGAUGAAGGCACAGACCUCCGACAAGUGGUCGUCCCCGAUCAUCGCCGGCCGUUACAAUGAAAUGAGCUUCCUUCUCUACAUCGUCGGAUCCCCUCUUCUCCCUUUUCAAGUCCAGGUCGAUCGCUCCAUCCACCGCGCCGUCAAGCAUUCCUCCAUUGAAGCCUCAACAGCGAAAUACAUAGUCACGCAAUACAUAGCAGCGACCGGAGGGCAGCCAGCCCUUAACGCGGUGAACAGCAUGUGCGUAAUAGGGCACGUCAAGAUCACUGGAUCGGAGUUUCAUCAAGGCGACGACAGUGUAAAGGUGAGGAGCAACGAAGAGGCCGGUGGUUUCGUGUUAUGGCAGAAGAAUCCGGAUUUAUGGUGUCUCGAGUUGCUUAUCUCCGGUUGUAAGGUCAUAUCGGGUAGUAACGGCAAGCUUUCUUGGAGGCAAUCGUCCAAUCAACAGAGGCCAAUCUCCAAGGGCCCUCCUAGACCUCUUCGCCGUUUCUUACAGGGACUGGACCCACGUGCAACGUCCAAUCUAUUCAUAGACGCAGUAUGCAUAGGCGAAAAGAUCAUCAACGACGAAGACUGCUUCAUACUAAAGCUAGACACAAGCCAGUCAACUCUUGAGGCCCAGAGUGGGCCCAAAUACGAAAUCAUUCACCACACCGUUUGGGGUUACUUCAGCCAAAGAUCGGGCCUUCUCGUGAAAUUCGAGGACUCAAGGCUGCUCUCUGUGAAAACAAGCAAAGAGGAUGGCGAUGUGUUUUGGGAAACGAGCACCGAAUCUGUGAUCGAAGAUUAUAAGUACGUGGACGGUGUAAACAUAGCCCAUAGUGGGAAGACGUUUUUCACGGUUUUUAGAUACGGCGAGCAAUCGGCCAACCACAAGAGGGAGCUCGAAGAAUCGUGGAAAAUCGAGGAAGUUGAUUUUAACGUUUGGGGUUUGAAACCGGAGUUCUUUAUGCCCCCGACGGAGUUCAAGCAGAAAUAGAUCUCUCUCUAUAUGAGAUUAUUUGAGGUGUUUGUACAUUUUAGUGCAAACCAUUUUUUAUUUAUUAAUCAGGUUUUUAGAAAUUUGAUGGUCUUUACUGAAUGAUCAUAAAGUGCAUAAUGAUUUUGUUUCCUUCAAAAAUUGCUCAUUAGUAAAUUCAAGGGCAAAUUAC